AUGGAUAAUAAAUUUAUAGAAGAGAGAUGGUUAAUAUGUGCUGAUCCUGAUAGUUGCUAAAUUUACACUCUGAAUAUAAAUACAAAUGAUUUCAAAAUUGAAUAUGAAGUUGAUUAAGAAUAUAGAUAAAAGGCUAUACAAGCUAUAUAAUAAAUAGAAUAAAUGCUUAAGCUAAAAUCAGGUAAGAAAGUAAAUUUUAUUUAGGUACUUGGCGUAUGGCAUCUAAAUAGAUUGAGUAAUAUCGCAGAAGAAAAAUUCCAUCUUAUUUGCUACACAAAUAAUCUUCUUCUAUUCCAACUUAUCUUUGUUAAUCUACUUUAAGUUAAGCUUUUGUUAAAGUCAAUUCAAUCAAACUCUAAGUUAAAUUGAAUCAGUAUAAAGAGUUAUUUGUUAAUAUGUCACCAGAACUGUAAUUAUUAGAAAAGCCUAAUAUUGUUGAAAUAGAAGCAGGAUUAGUAACUGGUGCUGAUGAAGUUAUUAAAAAUGUUUUAAGGGAAGUCUAUUAGAGAUUUAAAGUUAAAUUAAAACCAAAAGAAGAUAAAAACUAAUUUAUAUUGUAAAUAGCUGGAUUUAAGGAGUUUUUGACUGGCAAUUAUCCUAUGUUAUCAUAUGAUAGAGUGAGAGUAUAAUUGAGAGGAAUGAAGCAUUUGGAGGUUAUUCUUACAGAAGUUCCAAAAUAAACUGAUUAAUCAUCUUUAUUUCCUCCAAUUGUUUAAAGAAUAAAAGGAGCAGAAUAACACCCUCAAAUUGAAUGGAAAAAAUUUAGAGAUGUUCCUAUAUUAUUAUGGUAUGCACCUUUACCUUUACCUAAAUAUGAAUAGGAAAUAAUCAAUACAAGAUUAUCUUUUGGAUUAGGAGCAGCUUUGUAAGUUAAAUCAGAAAAAAUAAAAGGAGCUAGUUAAGAAAAUAUUUCUAACUUGGAGAAUAGUGAAAAAAUAAAAAGAUAAUCAGUAGGGGAUAAUCCAUAAAAAUCAUCUUUCUAAGAUUUAUCAAAUAAAAAAGGAAUUGGAUCUAUAAAUGAUUUGUUUUCGAUGAGGAACGAAUUAUCAAAAUAAAAUAUAUUAUAAAUAGAUUAAAAUGUACUUUAUUCAGGUGAGUGUGAUUGGCCAUUUAGUGUUAGAAUUUGUUCAAUUGAAAAUUUAGUGUAAGCUCUUGAAUUGGAUAAUAAAUUCGAAAAACCAUAAUUAAGAGCAACUUAUAAUGGAUUAAUCCCUCCUUAAUACAUUACAAAAAAAACUAGCACAAAAGUUGAGGAUGAUGUUCACAAAACGAAAAAUAACAAACCUGAAGAUCGAGAUUAAAAUAAAGGUAGAUAAGUUCAUCUUAAAUUGCAUAAAAGAACAGGAAGAGUCUUAGAUCCCAGAAAUCUUGAUAUUCGUAAAUAAAUUCCAUUCGGAGGAUAAGACUUUUUAGACGAAUUAGAGACAUACUAAGAAAGAUAUGAACUUGAUUUUUUACCAUUUUUAAUUUCUGUUUAAGUAAGUUUAUAUCAUGGAUGUAAACUUUUGACACCUUGGUGUUAAGCAGAAACAAAAAAAUAACCAUUUAGUCAUUCACCUAAAUUUUAUUAAUCAAUAACGUUUCCUGGGAUUAAAAUAUCUCAAUUACCAUAAGAAGCAAGAUUAUGUUUUAAUAUUAUUGCCCAUAGUGCAAUAGGACAAUAAUAAAUUUUAGGUUGCACAACAAUGUAUAUUUUUUCGGAGGAAAAGAGAUUCCGUGCUCAUAUGAAUUCAUUAAACAUAUGGCCUUUUUAUAAAAUUGAUCCUAGAUUACUUUGUGUAGGUCAAUAUUAUGGCUGGGCCAAUUCUUAAUAGGCGUAAAUUAUAACAGAUACAAUUACUAAUUCAUAUGGAAGAUUAAUUAUAUAAUUGGAUAAAUUCAAUUUAGCUAUGAAAUGGAGUCUGAGAGAUGAAAAAUAGUUAGAAGAACUUGGAUUCUCCAAAUCAGCAAGAAGUCAAAGAUACUAUGAAAUGAGAAACACUCUUAUUCCUAAUUCUGAUUAUUCAACAUAUUAAUAGAUGCAAUCUUCAACUUUAGCUUCUGAAUAAUUUGGAACUCUAUAUUAAAGUAAUUAUUCAACUACAGCUAACUCUUCUAGUUCUGCUAAUAGUUUUAGUGGUGGAUCCCAUUUUUUUAAUAAAAAACAAAGAGGACCAGUUGGAGGAAAUACUUUUUAUGCAACAAAUACCAUUCAUUAACGACAACAUACAAAUCCUUAUGAAUAAUAUGCAUAAGUUGGAUUUACAUCAUAAGAAUAAGGAACCUUAUUGAGAUUUGGAGAGUUUAAUGAAAGAAACACACAUAUAGCUCCUUCAGUUAUGCAUAUGGGAUAAGGUAGUUCUUUCAAUAUUCAUGAAUAAUCAAGCUCACAAUUUAGUUCAUAUAAACUUAGCCAUUAAUUUUCAUCAUAAAAUAUAUAAUAAAAUUAACCAGUUAGUGAAAGUUACAACUAAAUUUUCACUUUUAAAAAUUGGUCAACAACUCCACGAACUGAAGAUUUAGCUAUAUUGUAGGCUUUACUAAAAUAUAAUCCACUAAAUAGACCAUAUUUCACAGAUUAGCAUAAAUAUAUUUUGAUGAUAUGUAGAAAUCAUUAUAAGACAUUGCCUUACGCUCUUUAAAUAUUUUUGAUGGCAAUAGAAUGGGAUGAUCCUGAAUAAGUUAGGGAAGCCCAUAAUAUGAUAAAAUUAUGGACUCCUUUACCUCCUGAAGAUGCACUACCAUUAUUAGAUGCUCCAUUUGCUGAUGAAACUGUUAGAUUGUAUGCUGUAGAGAGAGUCAGCAUUUUAUCUGAUGAUGAACUGUAAUUAUAUAUGUUAGAAUUAACUUAAUGCUUAAUGUUUGAGAAACAUCUUUUCAAUCCAUUAGCAGAGAUGUUAUUAGAAAGAAGUCUUUAAAAUCCUUGGGUUGUUGGUCAUGAGUUAUUUUGGUUGCUUAAAGCAUAAUUACAUGUAAGACCAUCUUAUGAAAGAUAUUCUCUUUUAUUAGAACAAUUACUAAUGCUUUGUGGUGAAUUCAGAUAAUAAUUAAUGAAUGAAGUCUUAGUUGACAAUGAACUUUAUAAUAUUGCAUAAAAAGUUAAAGAGGAAAAUAUUCCAAAAGAUAAUAGGGUUUCAUUUUUACAAGCNAAUAGGCGUAAAUUAUAACAGAUACAAUUACUAAUUCAUAUGGAAGAUUAAUUAUAUAAUUGGAUAAAUUCAAUUUAGCUAUGAAAUGGAGUCUGAGAGAUGAAAAAUAGUUAGAAGAACUUGGAUUCUCCAAAUCAGCAAGAAGUCAAAGAUACUAUGAAAUGAGAAACACUCUUAUUCCUAAUUCUGAUUAUUCAACAUAUUAAUAGAUGCAAUCUUCAACUUUAGCUUCUGAAUAAUUUGGAACUCUAUAUUAAAGUAAUUAUUCAACUACAGCUAACUCUUCUAGUUCUGCUAAUAGUUUUAGUGGUGGAUCCCAUUUUUUUAAUAAAAAACAAAGAGGACCAGUUGGAGGAAAUACUUUUUAUGCAACAAAUACCAUUCAUUAACGACAACAUACAAAUCCUUAUGAAUAAUAUGCAUAAGUUGGAUUUACAUCAUAAGAAUAAGGAACCUUAUUGAGAUUUGGAGAGUUUAAUGAAAGAAACACACAUAUAGCUCCUUCAGUUAUGCAUAUGGGAUAAGGUAGUUCUUUCAAUAUUCAUGAAUAAUCAAGCUCACAAUUUAGUUCAUAUAAACUUAGCCAUUAAUUUUCAUCAUAAAAUAUAUAAUAAAAUUAACCAGUUAGUGAAAGUUACAACUAAAUUUUCACUUUUAAAAAUUGGUCAACAACUCCACGAACUGAAGAUUUAGCUAUAUUGUAGGCUUUACUAAAAUAUAAUCCACUAAAUAGACCAUAUUUCACAGAUUAGCAUAAAUAUAUUUUGAUGAUAUGUAGAAAUCAUUAUAAGACAUUGCCUUACGCUCUUUAAAUAUUUUUGAUGGCAAUAGAAUGGGAUGAUCCUGAAUAAGUUAGGGAAGCCCAUAAUAUGAUAAAAUUAUGGACUCCUUUACCUCCUGAAGAUGCACUACCAUUAUUAGAUGCUCCAUUUGCUGAUGAAACUGUUAGAUUGUAUGCUGUAGAGAGAGUCAGCAUUUUAUCUGAUGAUGAACUGUAAUUAUAUAUGUUAGAAUUAACUUAAUGCUUAAUGUUUGAGAAACAUCUUUUCAAUCCAUUAGCAGAGAUGUUAUUAGAAAGAAGUCUUUAAAAUCCUUGGGUUGUUGGUCAUGAGUUAUUUUGGUUGCUUAAAGCAUAAUUACAUGUAAGACCAUCUUAUGAAAGAUAUUCUCUUUUAUUAGAACAAUUACUAAUGCUUUGUGGUGAAUUCAGAUAAUAAUUAAUGAAUGAAGUCUUAGUUGACAAUGAACUUUAUAAUAUUGCAUAAAAAGUUAAAGAGGAAAAUAUUCCAAAAGAUAAUAGGGUUUCAUUUUUACAAGCUGAAUUACAUUAACUAUACCCUAAACUACCAAAACCAUUUUCAUUUGCAUUAGAUUCAAGAAUGGAAGCUUAAUAAUUCCAAAUGAGUGAAUGUAAAGUAAUGGAUUCUAAAAAAAUGCCUUUAUGGUUAUCAGUAAUUCCUUAAUGCAUUGAAGACGAUGAAGAUUUAUUGAUAGCCUAACCCUAAAAGAUUGUCAAAGCAAGUGAAGAUGGUUUUAUUUAAAUAAAUAUGAUAUCUGAAGAUGUUAAAUAAGGAAAAGAUGCCAAAGAUCAUACUAAUGAUUAAUAAAAUAAUAACUCAAAAUAAACAACACUUUUAAAAAUAAUGUUUAAAACUGGCGAUGAUAUUAGAUAAGAUAUGUUGACAUUAUAAUUAAUAAAAAUAAUGGAUAAAAUUUGGUUAGAUGCAGGAUUAGAUUUUAGAAUGAAACCUUAUAAAACAAUUUCAACAUAAGAUAAUGUUGGUAUGAUUGAAGUUGUUACAAAUAGUUUAACAAUUGAGAAAAUUCAUGGAGAUGCAGGUGUAAUGGGAGCCUUUUAAUAAAAAACUAUUUGGAAUCACUUAAAAACUAAAAAUACUGAACCAUAAUCAUUUGAAACAGCAANAUAUGCAUAAGUUGGAUUUACAUCAUAAGAAUAAGGAACCUUAUUGAGAUUUGGAGAGUUUAAUGAAAGAAACACACAUAUAGCUCCUUCAGUUAUGCAUAUGGGAUAAGGUAGUUCUUUCAAUAUUCAUGAAUAAUCAAGCUCACAAUUUAGUUCAUAUAAACUUAGCCAUUAAUUUUCAUCAUAAAAUAUAUAAUAAAAUUAACCAGUUAGUGAAAGUUACAACUAAAUUUUCACUUUUAAAAAUUGGUCAACAACUCCACGAACUGAAGAUUUAGCUAUAUUGUAGGCUUUACUAAAAUAUAAUCCACUAAAUAGACCAUAUUUCACAGAUUAGCAUAAAUAUAUUUUGAUGAUAUGUAGAAAUCAUUAUAAGACAUUGCCUUACGCUCUUUAAAUAUUUUUGAUGGCAAUAGAAUGGGAUGAUCCUGAAUAAGUUAGGGAAGCCCAUAAUAUGAUAAAAUUAUGGACUCCUUUACCUCCUGAAGAUGCACUACCAUUAUUAGAUGCUCCAUUUGCUGAUGAAACUGUUAGAUUGUAUGCUGUAGAGAGAGUCAGCAUUUUAUCUGAUGAUGAACUGUAAUUAUAUAUGUUAGAAUUAACUUAAUGCUUAAUGUUUGAGAAACAUCUUUUCAAUCCAUUAGCAGAGAUGUUAUUAGAAAGAAGUCUUUAAAAUCCUUGGGUUGUUGGUCAUGAGUUAUUUUGGUUGCUUAAAGCAUAAUUACAUGUAAGACCAUCUUAUGAAAGAUAUUCUCUUUUAUUAGAACAAUUACUAAUGCUUUGUGGUGAAUUCAGAUAAUAAUUAAUGAAUGAAGUCUUAGUUGACAAUGAACUUUAUAAUAUUGCAUAAAAAGUUAAAGAGGAAAAUAUUCCAAAAGAUAAUAGGGUUUCAUUUUUACAAGCUGAAUUACAUUAACUAUACCCUAAACUACCAAAACCAUUUUCAUUUGCAUUAGAUUCAAGAAUGGAAGCUUAAUAAUUCCAAAUGAGUGAAUGUAAAGUAAUGGAUUCUAAAAAAAUGCCUUUAUGGUUAUCAGUAAUUCCUUAAUGCAUUGAAGACGAUGAAGAUUUAUUGAUAGCCUAACCCUAAAAGAUUGUCAAAGCAAGUGAAGAUGGUUUUAUUUAAAUAAAUAUGAUAUCUGAAGAUGUUAAAUAAGGAAAAGAUGCCAAAGAUCAUACUAAUGAUUAAUAAAAUAAUAACUCAAAAUAAACAACACUUUUAAAAAUAAUGUUUAAAACUGGCGAUGAUAUUAGAUAAGAUAUGUUGACAUUAUAAUUAAUAAAAAUAAUGGAUAAAAUUUGGUUAGAUGCAGGAUUAGAUUUUAGAAUGAAACCUUAUAAAACAAUUUCAACAUAAGAUAAUGUUGGUAUGAUUGAAGUUGUUACAAAUAGUUUAACAAUUGAGAAAAUUCAUGGAGAUGCAGGUGUAAUGGGAGCCUUUUAAUAAAAAACUAUUUGGAAUCACUUAAAAACUAAAAAUACUGAACCAUAAUCAUUUGAAACAGCAACUGAUAAUUUUUUACGAUCUUGUGCUGGUUAUUGUGUAGCUACUUAUGUUUUAGGAAUUGGUGAUAGACAUUCAGGAAAUAUUAUGAUUACAGACACCGGUCACUUGUUUCACAUUGAUUUUGGCCAUUUUCUAGGAAAUUUCAAAUAGAAAUUUGGAAUCAAAAGAGAAAGAACUAAAUUUGUAUUAACAGAAGAAGUAUUAAUAAAUUUAUAUUCUAGAUGGCAUUUGUAAUGGGUGGUAGAGAUGGUGAUCUUUUUAAAAAAUUUCAGCAAGACUGUACAAAUGCUUACAACUUAGUCAGAAAGCAUGGGCAUUUUUUAAUUAAUAUUUUCUUAAUGAAUCUUUCAGCUGGAAUGCCAGAGUUAUAAUAAGCAUCAAAUGUUAAAUAUAUUGAAGAUUAAUUGGCUUUGAAUAUCUCAGAUUAAGAGGCAACAGCUAAAUUUAAAUAAGAAAUUAUUAUUUCUUUAAAUGAUACCUGGAGAUAAAUUGAUAAUUGGUUCCACUAUAUUAAAAGAAGAGGGGGUUGA